CCUAGGUAUGGCUGGCAUUAGAACCAUCGUCAUUCGAACACAUGGAUCACUAUUUUGCCAUCUCAAAGGUGCAUUACGAUCUUCUACUGCUUGUUAUGGCCUGAACAGUCAAUCGCCAAGCUCUCCAGCAACUCAACCAGCUUGACAUCCGGAAAAAAUUGAUUUCCAGCAGCAACAGUUGGGAAAGUCUCAGUUCCCAUGUAUAACUAAAAAUCACACAAGUGCAGCAUAGUCGCAACUGGGGGAUGAUACAACGCCGGGUACGAAUCGAAAUCGGUCUGUAUCCAGGCCACUCAGACCCGAAUCCAGUAGUAAUUGGGUUUUGGUAGCGGUCCAUUCUCUCUCCGCCCGAUUUUAUCCGCGACUGAGCCCAUCUCAGCUCUUGCUUGCCCCGCGGCAACUCAAAACGACGAUGCUCCUCCAUUGCCGCAACCUCCCCCGCUUCCUCUUCCCUAUCUCCUCCUCCAACCCGCCGCCGCCCUCCCUCUACGCGCAUCUCCUCCUCUUCCCCAACAAAAGAACCGCCUCUGCCUCCCUCUUCUCCCGCUCCGCCUCCUUCGCUCCCCGAUCCCAUCUCGCCGUCCCCCUCUCCGUCCCCGUCUCCGCCCCCUCGGAAUCCUUUCUCGACACCGACGAGGACCACCAGAUCAAGAUCCCCCUCGAGAAGCUCUUCGUCCCGCCGGAGGUCGAACUACCCGAGGGGUCGACGGCGGCCUUCGGGAGAGUGCUCAAAGGGUCUAAUAUCGUGCUCGGCACCUACGCGCACGACGCCCAGGUGACCACCGCCGAGUUUGUAAAGAGCAGCGUCCGUACAGAGGACUGCCCCGCCGACGGCCGCCCCGAGUUCGCCCUCGUCGGCCGCUCCAACGUCGGCAAGUCCUCUCUUCUUAAUUCCCUUGUCCGAAGAAAGCGCCUCGCUCUUACCUCCAAGAAGCCCGGUAAAACUCAAUGCAUCAAUCAUUUUAGGAUAAAUGAUAGUUGGUAUCUUGUGGAUUUGCCUGGAUAUGGAUAUGCUUCUGCGCCACAUGAAGUACGGACUAACUGGGAAAAAUUUACCAAAGAUUACUUCCUCAACCGAGAAACAUUGGUGUCUGUGCUUCUUCUUAUAGAUGCCAGCAUCCCUGCAAAAAAGAUUGACCUUGAAUUCGCCAGUUGGCUCGGCCAAAAUCAGAUUCCAAUGACAUUAAUUUUCACGAAGUGCGACAAGCGCAGGAAGAAAAAGAAUGGUGGUAAAAGACCUGAGGAAAAUGUUGAAGACUUUCAAACCUUGAUACGGGAAUUUUUUCAGGCAGCACCACCAUGGAUCAUGACUAGCAGUGUUACCAACCAAGGUCGGGAUGAGAUACUAUUGCAUAUAGCUCAGCUCAGGAACUAUUGGCUAAAACAUUAGAAGAUCAAAUCACAGCCAUAGAAAAAGCAUGAUUUACUAUAGAUCUCCCUGUGGGUCCAUAAUUGGUGAUGGAUCUGACAACAGAAUCCUUGCCAUUAUGAUGCCUGGAGUAUCAUCAACUUGAUCACUACGACUGCUUGACUUGGUUUUCCUAGGGCAUCAAGGAUCUAGUUGCUGGAAACAAGGUCUGAAGAAACCUUUCAUAACACUAACUUGUUAUUAUCCUGUCUGUAUCAUCAUCAUAGAAUAUUGCACUUUUUGAGCUUUCAAUUGGAUCUGGCGUUAGCAACCUAUUUUGCCUCAGGUAAAGCGCAUCAUUAUAUCAAAGCAAAAGCUCUUAUCCAA